AUGGAAAAUGAUAAUCAUAAUCAUCAUGGAAGUGCUGUUAAUAAUGAAGUUAGAUUAUUCAACGACAAAUUAUAUUCUCGUGCUAUUAGUACAACUGAAAGUACUCAACAUGUAAUUGAUUAUAGUUUAAAUGGUGUAUCUGAUCAGAUGGUUGCACGUUUACCUAGUUUUAAACAUAUUAAACGAAAUAUUCAACGACAACGUUUAGAAAAUGAUUUACCACCUAUUCCUCAUGAUACAAAUUUUACUAUGAUACCAACGUCUUUAACUUUAACUAGCAAAAAUGAUAAAUUUUUACAAUUUGAUUCUGGACCUGGCGAUAAUCGUUUAGUUAUAUUUGCUUCUUUUAAUCAAUUAGAAAUUCUUGAACAAAUUUUUGCAUUACUUACUGAUAAACGACAACUAACUUAUGAAAGAUUAAUUGAUGAAUUAUGUCGUUUAUGUCCUUCAUGGAACCCUACGUCUGUGAUGGUAGACUUUGAAAAAGCAGCUAUCAAUGCAUUUCAAAAACGUUUUGGUACAACAACAAACCCAUUACCAAUAUCAGCUUGCUUUUUCCAUUUACAAAAAAGUAUUCAACGAAAAUUACAGCUUCAACUUUAUCGUCUUUUUUGGGAUCUUGGAUUAAAAUCUAAUUAUGAAAAUGAUUCUCAAUUUGCUUACGAUGUUAAUAAAAUAGCAGCAUUAGCAUUUCUUCAAUGUCAAAAUGUUAGUCAAGGAUUUGAUGAUCUUUAUACAUCUUUAUCAUCUGUUCAUGAACCACUAUUAAAUUAUUUCGAAGACACUUAUAUCGGGAGAAGACGACCAAAUGGACGUGCAAAGCCAAGAUAUCCUAUCGAAUUAUGGAACAUGCACGAAAGAACUAUUAAUGGAGCAAUGCGUACUAACAAUCAAGCUGAAGCUUGGCAUCGACGUUUUAAUUCUGCUAUCGAAUGUGAACAUCCAUCUCUUUGA